AUGGCGACCAAUUUCAACGACAUCGUCAAGCAAGGCUACGUGAGGAUGAAGAGCAGGAAGCUCGGGAUCUACCGCAGGUGCUGGCUGGUGUUCCGGAAGUCCUCCAGCAAGGGGCCCCAGCGGCUGGAGAAGUACCCGGACGAGAAGUCCGUGUGCCUCCGAGGCUGCCCCAAGGUGACCGAGAUCAGUAACGUCAAGUGUGUCACACGACUCCCCAAGGAGACCAAGAGGCAGGCGGUGGCCAUCAUCUUCACGGACGACUCGGCCCGCACCUUCACCUGCGACUCCGAGCUGGAGGCGGAGGAGUGGUACAAGACCUUGUCUGUGGAGUGUCUGGGGUCCCGGCUCAACGACAUCAGCCUGGGAGAGCCGGACCUCCUGGCCCCGGGGGUGCAGUGUGAGCAGACAGAUCGCUUCAACGUCUUCCUGUUACCCUGCCCCAACCUGGACGUGUACGGCGAGUGCAAGCUGCAGAUCACCCACGAGAACAUCUACCUCUGGGACAUCCACAACCCCCGCGCGAAGCUCGUCUCGUGGCCCCUCUGCUCCCUACGCCGCUACGGCCGGGACGCCACGCGCUUCACCUUCGAGGCCGGCCGGAUGUGUGACGCGGGGGAAGGACUCUACACCUUCCAGACGCAGGAAGGGGAGCAGAUCUACCAGCGGGUCCACAGUGCCACCCUGGCCAUCGCCGAGCAGCACAAGCGGGUCCUGCUAGAGAUGGAGAAGAAUGUGAGGCUGCUGAACAAGGGCACGGAACACUACUCCUACCCCUGCACGCCUACGACCAUGCUGCCCCGCAGUGCCUACUGGCACCACAUCACGGGCUCCCAGAACAUCGCCGAGGCCUCCAGCUGUGGCGGUGAGGGGUACGGGGCGGCCCAGGCCAGCUCGGAAACGGACCUCCUGGACAGAUUCAUCCUGCUCAAGCCAAAGCCCAGCCAGGGCGACAGCGGCGAGGCCAGGACCCCCGCCCAGUGA